UACACCGGAAGUAAAUGUAGCAGACAGCUGAGAGCCAGGGUCGGCGAGUCAGUCGGGAUUUCCGACUACGUACCGGACCUGAUCGAUUCCGUAAAAACCGCUGACUUCCCGCAGACUCACUCUUCAUCUACGCCGGUGGAAAAUUGCUUCCCGUCUUUUUGGACUUCCUGUGUUGAUAUCGCAAUGGGAGACAAUGCUUGUGACUCUUCUUGUUUUGCAGUCACAAAUGCGACUCUUUAUCAGCUUCUUCCACGAUCAAACGCAAGCUACUGUGAGGAACAAGAUGAGGCAGAAUUACACCAUGCAGCUACUGUCACAGUGCUGAUAUUGAUCAGUGCUAUUGCCUUUACUUGUGCAGUAAUAACAUGCUUUAAAUACAACAGCAUUACUGUUUUGAAUGUGACUGUACACCCCGCUGCUGUAUCCAAUGUUAUGUGGAUAAUCUAUUUUGUCCUUGUAUUCCUCAGAUCUGUUGUUGGUGUUGUUUUGUAUGCAACUAUAGACCAAGAAAAAGUCUUAUUUAUUACAGAUGCUGCUCUUAAAGUAUUUGAGGUUCUCAGCCUGUCAUUUGCAUUAAAUUACCAAAGGCGCCACAGAUCUGGCGGGUAUUUUCAAGAUGAGCUUAUGCGAUUCAAUACUAGUGUCUCAAGUACAAACUCGUACCAAAGUAUCAAGAGUGGCAUCAGAAUGAUGCUGUUUUUACCAUGUGAGCUUUUCUGGACAAAAGACAUAAUAUUUGUGUUCCAAUGUUUACUUUCUGUAGUCUUCUUUGCUGUUAUGGAAAUAUAUUUAAGUUAUUGCAAGGAAGCCCUCAUUUUCUACUGUCUACACCUGGGCUUUUACUGGAGUCUGUGUUUAAGUUCAUUUGUACUGGUUAUUAUCAUUGCUGCCCAGAGGCAACCAUUUGAUGACGAAGGAGUGUCUCCCACAACUAAGGUUCUUUUUAUCACUGGAGUUUUAUGCACCCUUAUUUCUGACAUGCCCACAUAUAUUUGGCAGAAUUGCAUAUUCCAUGAUAAGAAAUUCUGUUUGAAAGUUGCCUCCCACUGGUGGUUCACGCCAUACAACCUGUCACUUCUUGGUACCGUCCUGUCCCUAGUCAUAUUUCAGGUUGCUGUGAGAAAUGAGUAUAGGAGACUGAAUGAGGAGGCCCAGUGGAAUAUCAUCAACAAAGUGGAGUCAUUCUACUCUCUCUCAGACACAUAGCAAAAUGGAUAAAGGAUUGUCUCAACCCUUUAUAGUAUGCUAGAAAGCUAUCAAGUCACUUCAGUAUAGAGGGCCUCCCAGUCAAAACGCAUAUCCUCAAGAGCUCAGGGCAUUGAGGUCACAGGUGCGAGAACGUGGCAGAACAAGGCCAGGGGGGGGGGGGGGGCAGAAGAGAAGAGAAAUGAGCGCAUCCUCUCUUCUGCCCCCUUCCCCCUCCGCCGCCUUGUUAUUGCGCCUCGUUACGCUGACCUUGACGCCCUGGUACCCGAGGAUGGUCAAAAAGAGGAAGGUCGCUCUGAAUUCCAACUGGUCUGAGGCAAAUAUAUUUCCCAUUGUAUAUACUUGUAUGAUAGUGUGGGAGUGUGUGAAGGAAAAUCAAAAAGCAUGUCUGUCUGCAAAUACCUUCAGAAUCUCAAUAACGUUUUCCUUUCAUUAUUACAAUAAAUUGUUUAUUUUAAAA